AACAUUAGCAACGCUCACACCGAGGCUGACGUGAUACUUGCAAGCCAAUCUCUGCUGAAGAAAGAUUAUCCGCAAGGUUAUAAAUAUGCAUGUAAUCGGCCAUUCACAGGUUUUCCACCAGAUCUUGGGUUCAACGACGGCCUGUCUGCGCCGCAGCCUGAUUACGUCCAGGGUCUUGCACAAAGUGCAUUCGGGCCAUUCCCGGCUGAUGAGCAGCUGAAUGGAGCUAUUCUCUACAAGAACGACUAUGACCCCAUAACCCUGCCACAUCUAGCUGGCGAGUGGAAAGGCCCUCUCAGACUGACAGGAGCCAAGGUGCAGAGCGCCUAUGACGGAGCCUGUCUUGUCUAUUCGAGGAACCAGGCUCUCUCGUAUCUCGGAACGCCUGAUCCCCCUGGGCACGCCCAAGUUACAACAUUUACUUUGGACGGCACACUCCUCAACCAGUUUGCACACUAUGCCAGGCCAUCCUCUACAGAUGGUAGGCCUGAAUACCAUCAGUACCCUAUCAACUCGACACUUCUUACCAAUUCUUACCAGGAGUUCAAGACUGGCCGAAAAGAGCUCCGGAAUGCACAGGACUACGCCAUGGGGCAGUCCCACCAGCUGAGGGACCAGCUGAGGGACCACUGGCGGGAGCAGCAGCGC